GAGUCAUGGCAAACCCGUCAGGAAAGGCGGCGGCAGGCGCGUCGCUGCUGGACGCCUUGUCCCCGCAAUUGAUGUCCAUGGUUGAAACUUCCUUGGGGUACUCCUUGACAGCAUCUCCAUCGGUCAAAGCAGACAGGAUCGCGAGAUCGAAAAGUUCCCCAUCAGGACCACCACAAUCCGUCCCACCUCCACAAAUGACUCCGACCGACACCAGGACGGUGCUUCCGCCAAGCCCGACCGACAACUUCACCCACAACGUGGAAUUAUUCGGUCCAUCAGAGGUAUUCCUUCUUCGACAGCCAGAUAGUCCCGGCUUCAUUGUCCGAGAGAACUUUUUGGGCGCGGCACAAGCCACCAGAGUACUCGAUGCAUGCCGUGCCCUGAGAGAGUCCAUGCCGAUGCGACCUGCCCAAGUGGCGGUUGGCAAAAUGAAUCAAGUGACUGCACUGGUGACGGAUGCUCGUGGCGAUCACCUUCUGUGGCUGCCGCAUGAUGACAAGGAUGUCCCUCCACCGGUGCAGCAUCUCUUGGUUCAACUUGGACGACUUGCACACGGCUUGGCAAAGGCCGCGCCAGAGUUAGCCCUUCGCAACGCGAAGUCGACGCAGUUGGCGAUCUUUGGAACAACACGCGUUUCGUCCAGCACGUCGAUACGUAUGGCAGCAAGAAGGACCAGCUGAGUCGGCGCAUCACAUGCUUGUACUACUUGAACGCUGACUGGCAGCCGUCGCAUGGCGGGGCGUUGCGAGUCCACUUGAAAGAUGGAUCGCACGAGGAUAUUCCUCCGUUGCUGGACUCGCUCGUGGUCUUUCGAAGCGCCGACGUGAUGCACGAAGUCUUGCCGACCACAGUCGACCGCUUGGCGUUGACGACGUGGUUUUAUGGAGGCCCGACUCCAUCGGACGUGCCCACCACUGCCGCAACGAUCCCAAAAUCGCUUGGGAAACCAAACACAGCAACUUUUGAAACGAUCGAAGCCUCGCCAGCAACGUUGAAUCGUUCACACACGCCCGACGCUUCAUUGCCCCCGCCUGGGUUGUGUGGUGGUGGCAUGGCCCUUCCACCCCCCGCCAUUCCCGACUUGAUAUCGACAAUCUUUGUCUCCAUUCCUAGUUACUGCGACUCCGAGUGCCAACCCACGGUGGCCCAUCUCUUUGCGACCGCCACCGCUCCGUCAAGGGUGUUUGCUGGACUCUGUCUCCAGCAUGACGAAGGCGAUCCAGCGCAAGCCAUUGCAUUUGCUGCUGCAUAUGGCGACCAAGUUCGCGUGAAGCGGAUGCAUCCGGCCGACGCGACCGGGCCGUGCCUUGCUCGAUGGGAGACACAGCAGCUGUGGCGCGGCGAACCAUAUUACUUGCAAAUCGAUAGCCACAUGCGGUUUCGCCAGGGCUGGGACGUGUUUUUGAUUCACGAACUGAGUCAAUGCAGCAGUCCCCGGGCAAUUCUGACCACGUAUCCACUCGGCUACAAUCUACCAAAUCAGAUUACACGCGAUAUUCGACCGACGCUACUGUGUGCGUCGCAUUUCGAUUCGAACGGUCUCGUUCGGCAAUGUAGCAAAGUCCUCAAGACGUCUCCAUCCAAGCCGAUCCCAUCCAUGUUUUGGGCGGCAGGGUUCGCCUUUUCGCGCGCGACUGUUCUCCAAGAGGUGAUGUACGAUCCAUCUCUGACGCAUCUGUUCUUUGGCGAAGAGAACGUCAUGGCGGCGCGACUGUGGACCCAUGGCUACGACUUCUUUGCCCCGACUGAGGCAGUCGUGUACCAUUUGUGGUCCCGUAGCCACCGACCAACGUUUCGGGACCACCAGCGAAAUGGAACAGAAGCGCAGCAAAGGUCGAUCCAGCGAGUGUUGAAGAUGCUAAAAGAAGGCGACGAGGGUCCAUGUGGUCUUGGACGAGUGCGCACGAUCGAAGCUUUCGUGGCAGCGCAAGGCGUGCACUACUCGACGAAAGAGAUUGCGUGGGCCAGCUUGUGGAGCAACCGCGACCCCAUCGAGUUUGACCUGGCAGCAACUCCUGAAUCGUGACGCAUUGGGCAGUCACCAUCACUCAGUAGCACAGCACUCACAGUGGACGUUGAACAACCUGCCAUGCCUACGUUGAAUAACACUUGAUCGCUACGCCAUGGGUCGUGCGCUGGUCCCAAUAGAGCAUUGUCCC